AUGCUCUUGCCCUCUAAGAAGGACCUCAAGACUGUCCUGGAUGUCUUUGCUGUUUUCCAGUGGUCCUUCAGUGCCUUGCUUAUCACAACCACUGUGAUUGCUGUCAACCUCUACCUGGUGGUGUUCACACCAUACUGGCCUGUCACUGUGCUUAUUCUUACCUGGCUGGCUUUUGACUGGAAGACCCCUCAGCGAGGCGGCCGCCGGUUUACCUGUGUGAGGCACUGGCGCCUGUGGAAACACUACAGCGAUUAUUUCCCUCUCAAGCUUCUGAAGACUCAUGACAUCUGCCCCAGCCGCAACUACAUCCUCGUCUGCCACCCUCAUGGGCUCUUUGCCCAUGGAUGGUUUGGCCACUUUGCCACAGAGGCCUCAGGCUUCUCCAAGAUAUUUCCUGGCAUCACCCCUUACAUACUCACACUGGGAGCCUUUUUCUGGAUGCCUUUCCUCAGAGAAUAUGUAAUGUCUACAGGGGCCUGCUCUGUGAGUCGAUCCUCCAUUGACUUUCUGCUGACUCAUAAAGGCACAGGCAACAUGGUCAUUGUGGUGAUUGGUGGACUGGCUGAGUGCAGAUACAGCCUGCCAGGUUCUUCUACCCUGGUGUUGAAGAACCGGUCUGGCUUUGUGCGCAUGGCCCUUCAGCAUGGGGUGCCUCUAAUACCUGCCUAUGCCUUUGGGGAGACGGACCUCUAUGAUCAGCACAUUUUCACUCCUGGUGGCUUUGUCAACCGCUUCCAGAAGUGGUUCCAGAGCAUGGUACACAUCUACCCUUGUGCUUUCUAUGGACGUGGCUUCACCAAGAACUCCUGGGGCCUUCUGCCCUAUAGUCGGCCUGUAACCACCAUCGUCGGGGAGCCUCUACCAAUGCCCAAGAUUGAGAAUCCAAGCCAGGAGAUCGUGGCUAAAUAUCACACACUCUAUAUUGAUGCCCUACGUAAACUGUUUGACCAGCAUAAGACCAAGUUUGGUAUCUCAGAGACCCAGGAGCUGGAGAUAAUUUGACAGACAUCCCCAGUAGCCUUCACCCUGGCUGGAAGGUAUGGAUGGACCCAGAGA